GCUGGGUGCCGCUGUGAAGACGAAAAGCUUGUAGGAAGAGGUUUGAGGUCAUAUCAGACUUUAGAGCCACGAAUGGCUGGGAGGGAGGAGGUAUCAUGGGAUAUCCCCUACCCCUUUACUUCCUGAUGGGUUCAGUACGGGUUGGUGUUUGUGGCCGUUGUAAGUCUAUGUCAUUGUAGGCCGGGAUACGUUCUGCCUGUGCUCUUGGUUUAAACAGAUACUCUGAGGUAUCCUCCACUUGUUUUUGUUUUUUGCAGUCUGGCAAAGAAAAGUAUCAAAAUGGGGAGGAAGCCAGGCGUGGUGGCACACACGCCUAUAAUCCCAUCACUCAGGAAGUGGAGGCUGGAGGACUGCUGGGAAUUGAAGGCCAGCCUGUGCUACAUAGGGAGUACCAGAACAGCCAGGGAUACAUAGCAAGACCCUAUCUCAAAACAAAAUAGACCAAGUGGAAGGUGAUCCUGAACCAUGACUCAGCAGCCACUUCGAGGUGUGACCAGCCUCCAUUUCAACCAAGACCAAAGCUGCUUUUGCUGUGCCAUGGAGACAGGUGUACGGAUCUACAAUGUGGAACCACUGAUGGAGAAAGGGCAUCUUGACCACGAGCAGGUAGGCAGCGUGGGCCUUGUAGAGAUGCUGCACCGAUCCAACCUGCUGGCCCUGGUGGGCGGUGGUAGCAGCCCCAAGUUCUCCGAGAUCUCGGUGCUGAUCUGGGACGAUGCCCGAGAAGGCAAGGACUCCAAGGACAAACUGGUGCUGGAGUUCACCUUCACCAAGCCAGUGCUAGCUGUGCGAAUGCGCCAUGACAAGAUUGUGAUUGUGCUGAGGAACCGCAUCUAUGUGUACUCCUUCCCUGACAACCCUCGGAAGCUGUUUGAGUUUGACACUCGGGACAACCCCAAGGGGCUGUGUGACCUCUGCCCAAGCCUGGAGAAGCAGCUGCUUGUGUUUCCUGGACACAAGUGUGGAAGUCUGCAACUUGUGGAUCUGGCAAGCACAAAGCCUGGUACUUCAUCAGCUCCAUUCACUAUCAAUGCCCAUCAGAGUGAUGUGGCCUGUGUGUCCCUAAACCAGCCAGGCACUGUAGUGGCCUCAGCCUCCCAGAAGGGUACCCUUAUUCGUCUUUUUGAUACGCAGUCCAAGGAAAAGCUGGUAGAGCUUCGAAGAGGCACUGACCCUGCCACCCUAUACUGCAUUAACUUCAGCCAUGACUCCUCCUUCCUCUGUGCUUCCAGUGACAAGGGCACUGUCCAUAUCUUUGCUCUUAAAGACACCCGCCUUAACCGCCGCUCUGCGUUGGCACGUGUGGGCAAAGUGGGACCUAUGAUUGGGCAAUACGUGGAUUCUCAGUGGAGCCUGGCCAGCUUUACUGUGCCUGCUGAGUCAGCCUGCAUCUGCGCCUUUGGUCGAAAUACUUCCAAAAACGUCAAUUCUGUAAUCGCCAUCUGCGUAGAUGGGACCUUCCACAAAUAUGUCUUCACUCCUGAUGGAAACUGCAACAGAGAGGCCUUUGACGUGUACCUUGACAUCUGUGAUGACGAUGACUUUUAAGAGUCCUGGCAGCUAUACUAGGAACCUACAGUAGCCGAUGGCCGAACUGAGUCUUGAGGGUGUUGAACCAGCCAGCAAGCAUAAAAAUGAGCCUUUCCACUCUCCAUUCAAACACAGCUGUGUCUAAAUAAACAGCCAACAUCCCCCCAAGCACUUUUGUGACUGCGUGCUAAAGGCCAAGGACUGAUACCCUGGGCCACCUAGUCUGGAAAACACCAGGGACCCAAAGGGAUUAUCCAAAUCCAAGCUAGGGAUUUAAAAAAAAUGAUUACAUAGUCUCUGUAAUGUAUAUGAAUAAAAGGCCUUUGAAUGGCAUUUAUGACUUAA